AUGAAUAAAAAUUCUACGAGUGAUGAUGGUAUCUCAGUUGAGAAUUCACCUGCUGCACAACAUCCUCAUGUUGACAAUGGACAACGUGAAAACUUAACGCAAAAUGAAUUUAAUUCAGCAAAAUGUGCCACUGCUACUAAUACAACAAAGAAGUCAUCAAUGACUCCGACACCUUUACAACUUUCGCCUUGGUCGCGACAUCGAUCUUCAAUUGCUGCAGGUGCAUUUGCUGUAUUCACAAUUAUAGCAAUAAGUAUUGGUAUAUUGACUGUUUGUUUCACUUCACCAAAAGCUACUGUUCAAAAAUGUGAGCUCAAAUUCAAACCAACGGCUCAAAAACCAGUUGAAUACAAGUAUGGCCCACGAUCUGUUGCCGCUGGUGAUUUCGACAAUGACACAUGUUUGGAUAUGGUUAUUGCCUAUCAUACAGUUAACACGAUAACUGUUUAUCUUGGCUAUGGUAAUGGCACUUUUAAAAGUCCAAUUCCAUAUUCAACUGGUUCCUACUCAAGUCCUUACAUGGUCACAGUUGGUUAUUUCAAUAGUGAUUCUCACUUGGAUAUUGCAGUAGCAAAUUUUGGCACUAAUAUUAUCGUUAUCUUUCAUGGAUUUGGCAAUGGGUCUUUCGCAAAUCAAACAGAACUUUCAACAGGCUCUUCUCGUCCAAUAGCGAUUAUCGGUGCUCAUUUCAACAAUGACUCACUACUUGAUAUUGCCAUAGCCAAUUACGGAAACCACAGUAUCAUUGCCGUAGGUGAUUUCAACAAAGACCAUCGAUUAGAUAUUGUCGUUGUAAACAAUGAUACUGGUGUCAUUGAUAUUCUUGUUGGACGUUACGAAGGCUUUCAAAAUCAAAUAAGAUAUUCAGCUGGCUUUGAUCCAACAUCUAUAGCUAUUGGUGAUGUCAACAACGACACUCGACUAGAUAUCGUUGUCGCCAAUGGGGGUAGCAAUGAUGUGGGUAUCCUUCUUGGAUAUGGAAACGGUUCUUUUGAAUAUCAAACAGGGUAUUCAGUUGGCUCUUAUCCACAAUCUGUAUCUAUUGGUGAUGUCAACAACGACACUCGACUAGAUAUCGUUGUCGCCAAUGGAUAUAGCAAUGAUGUGAGUGUCCUUCUUGGAUAUGGAAAUGGUUCUUUUGAAAAUCAAACAAAGUAUUCAGUUGGCUACAAUCCAUUCUCUGUAGCUAUUGGUGAUGUCAACAAUGACACUCGACUAGAUAUCGUUGUUGCCAAUAUGGGUAGCAAUGAUGUGAGUGUUUUUCUUGUAUAUGAAAACGGUUCUUUUGAAAAUCAAACAAAGUAUUCAGCCGGCUCUAGUCCAAUAUUUGUAUCUAUUGGUGAUGUCAACAACGACAGUCAACUAGAUAUCGUUGUCGCCAAUUCGGGUAGCGAUGAUGUGAGUGUCCUUCUUGGAUAUGGAAAUGGUUCUUUUGAAAAUCAAAAAAAGUAUUUAGCUGGCUUUUCUCCAUCAUCUGUAGCUAUUGGUGAUGUCAACAACGACACUCGACUGGAUAUCGUUGUCGCCAGUUGGUUGAGCAAUGAUGUGCGUGUCCUUCUUGGAUAUGAAAACGGUUCUUUUGAAAAUCAAACAAGGUAUUCAGCUGGCUACAAUCCAUUAUCUGCAGCUAUUGGGGAUGUCAACAACGAUAAUCGACUAGAUAUCGUUGUUGUCAAUUCGCCGAGCGAUGAUGUGGGUGUCCUGCUGCAAUAUAACAGAGGAGCGAUUACACAUGAAAUGAGCUUGGCACCUGGUGGUGGUUCUAGCUUACGAUGUGUAGUCAUUGGUGAUUUGAACAAUGACACUAAUCUGGAUAUCGUCUUAGCUAAUUACGGUACUAAUAACGUAGGUGUUCUUUCUGGAUAUGGGAAUGGUAGUUUUGAAAAUCAAAUGUUGCUCAGCACUGGCAUGAAUUCUCAUCCGAUUUCUAUCGCAGUUGGAGACUUCAAUGGUGACCGUGAAGUGGAUAUUGCUGUGGCCAAUCAUGGUACAAAGCAUGUAGAUAUGAUGCUUGGAAAUGGGCAGGGAAAAUUUGCAAUUCAAACAAGUUAUGAAAUUAGCUUUGAUACACCUCCGUUAGUUAUGGCUUCUGGUGAUUUUAAUAAUGACUCACGAUCGGAGAUCGCUGUCGCUUACGAUGGACGUGAUCAUGUAGAUAUUUUUGUUGCGUAUAAUCAUGGUUCUUUUGAAACUCAAACAAAGUAUUCAGUUGGCUCUAAUCCACGAUCUGUAGCUAUUGGUGAUGUCAACAAUGACACUCGACUAGAUAUUGUUGUCGCCAAUUUGCGUAGCGAUGAUGUGAGUGUCCUUCUUGGAUAUGGAAAUGGUUCUUUUGAAAAUCAAACAAGGUAUUCAGUUGGCUCUUCUCCACGAUCUGUAGCUAUUGGUGAUGUCAACAAUGACACUCGACUAGAUAUCGUUGUCGCCAAUGGGGAUAGCAAUGAUGUGAGUGUUCUUCUUGGAUAUGGAAACGGUUCUUUUGAAAAUCAAACAAGGUAUUCAGCUGGCUCUAAUCCACAAUCUGUAUCUAUUGGUGAUGUCAACAAUGACACUCGACUAGAUAUCGUUGUCGCCAAUUGGGGUAGCAAUGAUCACAAUCCACUUACAACAUCAACAAAAUAUCUGACUAAACCCAGUUUCCCAACAAUUCUGAGUGUUCAAAGUGCUAAGGAAUCCUUAGAAACGUUGUAUCCAUUAGCUUCAUUUGGAUUCUGA